UCUCAGAUGAGGAGGUCUGCCGGUGCCCCAAACAACAGCAGAGACGGUUGAACACACACGCGGAAUCUGGACUCGGAGUUUCUAAAGUCUUUGGUUUAAAAACAAAAAUAAAAAAACACCUUUUCCAACGUUAUUCCCAUUAAACGAAUCGGUAUUCCCGUUAGUUUGAAGGACUGGACCUCAUCGGCUCCGAGCGUGGAUGUGCGUCUAGUUUAUUUCUCUCCUCAACAUGAAAGGCUGAAUCUCCCGCUUCACACCCAACAGCUCCACUUUGUUCCACACCACAGCCAGCCAGUCCCAUCCCAGGGUAGCGUGUAGAAAACCGUCUCUACGACGGGGAAGAGGAAGUUCCCAUGCUAUAAAUAUGUUGACCGGUCAAAGAGCAGAUGCAGAACGAAGGUCUGGGAUAUGAUUCCAGGUGAUGCGGCGAAGUUAGUCUUCCGUUUAAAAGAGAACUUAAAUGAAUGUUUGCCAUGCUACAUGGGAAGGCUAUGAACUCCUCCAUGGUCUUCAUCCUCAUCCUUAUCAUCUUUGAUGCUGUUGAGGGUCACCCCUACCCCGAGUUUUCACGUAAUGACACUGAAUUCCAACACCUGGUGCUCCAUCCAGACCCGUCUGUGGGGACGGUGUACGUGGGGGCUAGGGAUCACUUAUUCCAGCUGGAUGGAUCAGGUGGACUCCGGCUGGAGCAAGAGGAGACCACCGGUCCUGUGAAUGACAACAGAGAAUGCCUUCCUCCUGUCACAGUGAGUAACUGUCCACAGGCCAGGAGAACUAGUAAUCACAACAAACUACUUCUGGUGGAGCCAAAGGCAUCAGAGUUGAUCACCUGUGGUAGUAUCUACCAGGGUACCUGCCAGAAACGUAGCCUGAAAUCCAUCAAGACGGUUCUGUUCUCCACGGAGAGACCUGUGGAUACGCAGUAUGUUGCAGCCAAUGAUCCGCUGGUGUCGACGGUUGGGUUGGUGGUGGAACUUCCUAGUGGGAAAAAGACGGUGAUGUAUGUCGGCCGGGGCUACACCUCCAGCCAUCCGCCCAUUUCAACCCGCCACCUUUCAUCAGAGCCCGUCUUUAACCUGGAGGACACAGCCAAGCUGGCCGUAGCUGGGCGUCUGUCAGAAUACGACCAUCACUUCGUAACCACAUUCACUCGCCGCUCGUAUGUCUACUUCCUGUUUUACCGCCGCGACAUCAAGUCUGUGUCAAGAGAGUACCGGACAUAUGCUGCCAGAGUUUGCCUGGAAGACACCUCCUACUAUUCAUAUGUGGAGGUUCCUCUCGUCUGCAGAUCGCCAUCUUCUCCUUCAAGGAUUUACAACCUGCUUCAAGCAGCCCAGGUGGGACAAGGUGUGGGCCUGCAAGGCGAAGACCUGCUGGGAGUCUUCUCCACCCGCAUUGGUUCAACAGACAGUCCCCUGGAUCCCUCGGCUCUGUGUGUUUUCCCUCUGGAUGAGCUCGACCGGCACAUCAACUCCACCCGUGACCUCUGCUACACCAAAGAUGGGCUGGUGGAGGGCAGAGGAGAGGUGGCUUACAUAGAGUAUGAGGUCAAAUCCAGCUGUGCCAACCUGCCUCUGAACACCCUGAAUGCAUACCCAUGUGGCUCUGACCACACCCCCAGUCCCAUGGCAAGCAAGGACCCACUGGAAGCCACGGCUGUGUGGCAAACCUCGGCCGCCCGUCUCACUGCUGUGGCCGUCAGCGUCCGAGAGGUGCACAGCAUCGCCUUCCUCGGAGACGCCAGAGGGAAUCUUCACAAGGUGUAUCUUGGGAAGGAUGGUGCAGUAGAGGUGUACGCAGAUUCUGUGAUACAUCCCAACUCCCCCAUCAACAGCGACCUUUUACUUGAUCAAAAUGGAUCCCACAUCUACAUCAUGACCAGAACAACAUUGGAGAAGCGUCCGGUGGCAGAGUGUGGUGCUCAUUUGGACUGCCAGUCCUGUUUGUCUGCCAGAGACCCUUACUGUGGCUGGUGUGUCCUGGAGGGACGCUGUGGCCAGCGGUGGGAGUGCCAACGGGGAUCUCUGCAGGGCCAGUGGUUGUGGAGCUUCAACCAGACGCAGCAGUGCCUCAGCAUCCAGCGCCUCAGCCUCUACAACAUCAGCCGUGGAGAGAAAACAGACAUUGCUCUGUCGGUAGAGGGCCUCCCCAACCUUAAACAGGGAGAAGCCUACUCUUGCUUCUUCCAGGACACAGAAACUCCUGCCUUGCUCACUACUGCCGGUGUGAUCUGUUCCACACCCGAUGCCAGCAGCUUGCCUCCGAUUGGUCAAGGAGAUGAGUUUGUGAUGGUGACCUUGUCGCUGCGUUUCGUUAACGUGACGGUAGCCGAGACAGAAUUCACCUUCUACAACUGCAGCUUGGUGCAGGAGCUGUCAGGGCGCAGACCAUGCCAAGGGUGUGUUAGCAGUCGCUGGGGGUGUAAUUGGUGCAUCCGCGAGCAUGUCUGCACACAUAGGCACACCUGCAGCCAAGGAUUCACCAUCUACAACCAACAUUUUAAACCAUCAACACCCACCGUCCCACCCCUGACCAGAACACCUCCAUCAUCACCUCCUUCUGUUCCAACGGCCCAAACAACAACAACAACAACAACACAGCCACCACUCACAGAGGCAUCCGCCCCCGCCACAACAGCUGUUCCCACAUCCACCACAACAGUGACACCUCCCACCAGUCCUCACGCUGAACCCACCAUGCCAGCAACCCUCUCCACAACAUCCCCUUUUGUCAGGAUCUCCCCCCAGGCCAGCACCACUCACCCCGAUGCCACCACAGAUGGGCGUCCCUACGAUGUGGAGGAAACGACGGCAGAAGCUGGUGCUGCCAUAAGUGGCUCCUUCGAGGACGAAGAUCCCGGCAUCUUCAAUAUCACAGAGGAAAUUACCCACACUACAUUACCCAGCACCACUAGUGGCCACCUAGACACUUUGCUGAGAUUUUUAGAGCCAUCUGGUGAAGCAAUGGGCUCUUCUUUUGAGAUGAGCUCAACUACUUCCAGUGAAGUGGUUCCUUUAAUAGAGCUCUCUGUCAGCGAGGACAAGGAAGACAUUCUUCUCGCCACCUCUGCAGAGAAUGUCUCACCUCUGAGUGUGGAUGGGUGGGGGGAGCCUGAGAUGGAGACAGAGGUGGACUCUGAAACGGUUACGUCUAUCGCUCAUUCGGUCAUCUUGACUGAAACAUUCAUUGACCCCAACACAGAAUCUCCAGCCAGCAUCCAAUCUGAUUCUGAGUCUUUGGUUCUGGAAUGUCCGUGUGUGGAGAGUGUCCGGGAUUCUCCUCUCCUUCCGGUCAACGUGGAGAGGAAGAUCACGCUAGUGGGCCAACACUUGAACCUGUUUCAGGACGAGACUUUGGACUACGAGUGCGUGUUGGACAUCGAGAACCAGUCCGUGGUGGUGGAGGCCUCGGUAGAGCCAGAUGCUUCUGUGCCAUCACUCUACUUCAUCACCUGCCAAUCACACCAGUACGCGUAUUCCCUCUCGAUGGAGGAAUACCCAGCCACGAUCAACGUGAGGAGGAAAAACAACUUCCUCAUCGACAGCGCUGAAGAUCUGUACGUGACUCUGUUCAACUGUUCUGUGAGCCGGUCCGACUGCAGCCGCUGUCGAACUGCCGACCCGAAGUACGGCUGCGUGUGGUGCGGUGGAGCUGCCGGUUCUCGGUGUGUUUAUCAAGACUCCUGCACUGAUGAGAUCAAACACACCUGCCCUGCGCCGGUCAUACACUUCUUGGACCCGGUGUCCGGUCCAGUCGAAGGCGGGACAGUCGUGACCAUUUCAGGCUCUAACCUCGGGCAAAGAGCCGAAGACAUCGAGAAUUCAGUCACAGUCGCUGGAGUGUCGUGCAACGUCAUCCACAGCAGAUAUGAAGUUUCCUCGAGGAUUGUGUGUGAGACUGGAGCGAGUCGGGGGGAGAGGGUCGGCCCCGCCUCAGUGGAAGUGAGAGGGGGAGGACUCGGGCGUUCAGCUCAGACGUUCAGUUUUCAGAAUCCCGCUCUCAUCCGCAUCUUUCCUCAAAGGGGGCCCAAAGCGGGGGGGUCAAUUCUCACCAUUGAAGGUCGGAGACUGAAGACGGGACAUCCGAGUGAAGUCAGCGUCCUGAUUGGAGGGGUGUCUUGCACCGUGCUGAACAUCCAAGAAGAUAAAAUCAACUGUCGGACCAGAGGCAGCAACAGGACAGGAGUGCACAACGUUGCUGUACGGUUUGGUGGAGCGGACCGCCAUCUAGAGGGUUUGGUGUAUCAUUACACUCCAGACCCAAACAUCACAAAGGCCGCGCCGUCCAAAAGCUUUCUCAGUGGCGGAAGGAUCAUACGAGUCUCUGGUCACAACCUGGACGUGGUCCAGGGGCCCAAAAUGAGGGUGACCCUCAGUCCUCCUGAUGCUCUCCCUCCCAGAAGGAAAAGGAGCAUCAAGACAAAGAACAACAAACACCCGACCAGAGGACAGGAUCACCGUGGUCCACAGAAAAGAUGGAGGAGGAUUGUCCCCGAGGCGAAGUGUCCCGAGGGGACGCUGUGCCGCGUCAAACAUUAUGAAACAGGCUGCAUGGUGAACAACUCCUCUCUUAUCAUGUGUCCGACGCCUGCUGUGGGUCCGGAGGCCAAAAGGGCCAAGGUCAAAGUUCACUUCCUAUUGGACAGCCUCCAAUUUGACUUCAGUAACGUGAGUAGUGAAGCUUUCAGCUACGAGCCCAACCCCAAACUCCACAAGCUGAACAAGAACGACCCGAGCAAACCGUACCACCACAAACCUGGCAGCAUCAUCUCUGUGGAGGGGGAGUUUCUGGAUCUCGCCAUGUUCAAGCAGGAGGUGGAGGCUCGGAUUGGGGAGGGCACUUGUGUGGUGAAGACUUUGACACACAACCACCUGUACUGUGAACCACCAGCCCAUCAGCCCUCGGUCCCAGCCAGCCAGAAGCAGGACGGCUUGGACAGUCUGCCCGAGUUCACCGUGAGAAUGGGAAACCUGAACUUCAGCCUGGGAAGAGUCCAGUAUGACAUUCAGGCACAGUCUACAUUUCCUCUGGAGGCUCAGGUGGGAGUCGGGGUGGGAGCCUCCAUUGUGGCUCUCAUUGUACUCAUCAUAGUGCUUAUUUACAGGAGAAAGAGUAAACAGGCCAUGAGGGACUACAAAAAGGUUCAGAUCCAGCUGGAAAACCUGGAGACGAGUGUCCGGGACCGCUGUAAGAAGGAGUUCACAGAUCUGAUGACGGAGAUGAUGGACAUGUCCAGCGACUUGGUGGGUUCAGGAAUUCCCUUCCUCGACUACAGAGCAUACGCAGAGCGAAUUUUCUUCCCGGGCCAUCAGGAGUCGCCACUGAGACGAGAUCUGGACAUCCCGGAAAGUCGGAGACAGACGGUAGAGCAGGGACUUGUUCAGCUGUCCAACCUGCUCAACAGCAAACUCUUCCUCACCAAAUUUAUUCACACUCUUGAGACCCAGCGGACAUUUUCCCCCAGAGACCGGGCUUACGUGGCCUCUUUGCUUACCGUAGCCCUGCACGGUAAACUGGAGUACUUCACAGACAUCCUGAAGACGCUGCUUAACGACCUGGUGGAGCAGUAUGUGGCCAAGAACCCCAAACUUAUGCUGAGGAGAACGGAAUCAGUGGUGGAGAAGCUGCUGACAAACUGGAUGUCCAUUUGUCUCUUCACCUUUCUGAGGGAGUCAGCGGGGGAAUCGUUCUACACGCUGUUCAGAGCCAUAAAACACCAGGUGGACAAGGGGCCCGUGGACGCCGUGACAGGAAAGGCCAAGUACACCCUCAACGACAACCGGCUGCUGCGAGAGGACGUGGAGUACCGCACUCUGACUCUAAACGUCGUUACGCCGACCGGGGCCGCCAGCGGAGGCACCAGCAGCCAGACGGUACCGGCUAAGGUUCUGGACUGUGACACCAUCACGCAGGUGAAGGAGAAGGUUCUGGAACAAACCUGGAAAGGGACUUCCUUUUCUCAGAGGCCGCACGUCGACUCAUUACAUCUCGAGUGGCGCGCAGGUGUAGCGGGUCACCUGAUUCUCUCGGAUGAGGACCUGACGUCGGUAGUCCAAGGCUCCUGGAAGCGUCUCAACACAUUGCAGCACUACAAGGUUCCUGAUGGAGCAACAGUGGCCCUUGUGCCCAGGAGCAACAAACAUCACCUGCAUGACAGCCAUGAUUACAUGCCGGGGGAGAAGACUCCGAUGCUAGAUGACGGGGAGGAAGGGGGUGUGAGGCUCUGGCAUCUGGUCAAAGCCAGCGAUGAGUCGGAGCUGCCGAAGCACCGGAGAGGCAGCGUGAGGGAAAAAGGCGGGGAAAGGGCAAAGGCCAUUCCUGAGAUCUUCCUCACACGGCUCCUCUCCAUGAAGGGAACUCUGCAAAAGUUUGUGGAUGAUUUAUUCACUGCCAUCCUCAGCACCAGUCGCCCCGUUCCUCUGGCUGUCAAAUACUUCUUCGACCUGCUGGAUGAGCAGGCUCUGCAGCACAGCAUCACAGACCCAGAGACCAUCCACAUCUGGAAAACCAACAGUUUACCAUUACGGUUCUGGAUUAACAUCCUGAAGAACCCGCAGUUCAUCUUUGAUGUGCAGACCUCCGAUAACGUUGAUGCGGUGCUCUCCGUCAUCUCCCAGACCUUCAUGGAUUCCUGCACGGUUGCCGACCACAAACUGGGAAGGGAUUCUCCCAUCAACAAGUUGCUGUAUGCCAGAGACAUCCCACGCUACAAACAGAUGGUGGAGAGGUACUACGCUGACAUCCGACAGACCAUCCCAGCCAGCGACCAGGAGAUGAAUUCAGCUCUAGCAGAACUUUCCCGUAAUUACACCGCUGAGGUCAACUGCCUGGUGGCUUUAUAUGAGCUGUACAAGUACAUCAACAAGUACUAUGAUCAAAUUAUCACAGCGUUGGAAGAGGACUCCACAGCCCAGAAGAUGCAGCUGGGCUACAGGCUCCAACAGAUUGCUGCUGCUUUAGAGAACAAGGUGACAGACCUAUGACCCUGAAACCAGAACUGAUUGUUUUCUUGGUUCAUGAAGAGAAGUUGUUUGGAGAAGGUGUCCUCAAGAGUAUUACAAAGAAACACACUGUGAUUUUGCUGAAGUUUGACCAGACUGGUUUAGGGAAGCGUCGACACUGAGGAACUCUGGCUUUGGUUCCUGCGACGCUUUUUGAAAAUUCCCACGAGUUUUCUUUGGAAGCGAAGGGACGCCACGCAGAUGGGAUACAAAUGUGAGAAAUGCGGAGCAAAGCACAUUAAAAUGUUCAGUUUCCUCUCAACAAAAUGGACAAAAUGUAAAACAAAAUCAUUUUGUUUAGUCUCUUUGUGGAUUUCACUUUAAAAUGAGCAGAACAUUCCUGCCACCAGUGUUCCGGUACGCGUGUUAAUCUUCUCUGCUGGAGAAGAAAAAAAAGGAGGAUUUCUCCAUCCAUGUCGACAGCGGUGGAGUUUUUUGGAGUCUUCCACAGCUGACCGGUCUGCUUCUUAAACCUGAAAAGGUUUUAUUUUAUUAGCUUUUACCGUCUUUAGGCCUCUUCUGUAAGUCUUACUCUUUUUGAGUUCGUUCGGUUUGCAUUCGGGACUUUUUCAUGUUAACCGUUAACUUUUAUUUUUGUGGCAGUUAAGAUGAAUAUUUUUUUAUAUUUUCUGGCAGUUUUUCUAAAACAAUUGUUUAAAUUAUUUGAAGUUAUGUUUUUCCCCGUUUAAGGUAAAUGUGUCAAACCAGUUAUUGUUUUAGGACUGUGAACGCAUCACAUUUAGUCUAUUAUAGUAAAAAAAAUACCCAAAGAACUGCACACGUCAUCAGAUUUGCGUUACUAAUUCUAAGUUGCAUCAGGUUCAGACAGACUGAGUAAAUGUAAAAUGAUUGAGGAUUUCCUUUUGUAUAGAUUUGUCUUUGUUCAGGUUUUUGUUUCUGUGAUCACCUGACUUAACCUGGUGUAUACGUAUUUUAUGCCGAGUCAUCUCUACCUGGUCUUACUAAGCUUCUUUUGUAUUUCACUCAAACAUUUCCAAAACAUCUCUUCUGUUCCCAGAUCAGAUUUACAUUCUUGUUGCUGCUGUUGAAGUCGAAACAAGAUCUUUAGCCUGUUUUUGUCAUUUUCGCUGUUGCUCACGACUCUAAACAAAAGGUGCCUGCUGCUCUGCUACGCCACACAUGAAAGGCCGUUAUUAGCAGUUUUACCCGUUUAUUUAUUGUUUAUUUAUUUUAUCGCUUAUGUUGUUGGUCAUUCAUGUCAAAAAUAUAAAACAAUUGGUGUGCCCAUUUGA